AUUCUACACACGGUCACGCUGGCUGGCACAGCUGCUUGGCUGACACAGUUCACAUACAUAUUUUUGUAUUAAAAAUAAACAUUGAUUUAUUUCCAAAAAUAUAAUCUGGAGCUGUCGAAAAGCAAAGUGCAAGGCGAAAGAACUAAAUACGCAUAGGAGAAGCAUCUCCCUUUGGUUGUGACACAAUUAGUGGCUUAGUUAAUAUGGGCUCCGAUGACCUCAGCGCCGGCGAGAAAAUCCAAAAGGGUUUCCAAAUCAACUACAUGAUAUUGCGCGAUGCGGACACCGGCAAAGUGAUCUGGCAGGAGAACAAGGACUUCUCCGCCCCCGAUGUGGAGCACGAGGCCCGAGUGCCAGUCAAAAUUCUCGAUAUGCGAGCCGUGUCACGAGAAAUCAAUUUCAGCACCAUUGAGGCCAUGGACAACUUUCGACUGGAUCAGAAAGUUCUUUUCAAGGGCCGCAUCAUGGAGGAAUGGUUCUUCGAGAUGGGCUUUGUGGGCCCGAAUACGACAAACACCUGGCAGAGCACCAUUGAGGCGGCGCCCGAAUCGCAAAUGAUGCCAGCAAAAGUCUUAAAUGGCAAUGUGACAAUUCAAACCAGUUUCUAUGACAACGAAACACUCAUCACAAAAUCGGUUGUGCGUUUGUAUUACAUAUAAAUGGAAGAGAUGGAGAUGGUGAGAAGGGGGCGCAACGCCCACACACGCAUAAGCACGCUCGCAUCACCACACACACACACCCGCAGACACACUCUUCUGCACGCACACACAGUGUCAGGUGUACGUUUUCAUAUACAAAAUAUCGCAUACAUAUUGAUCUUCUGCCUCAGCCGCUGCCGUUGUCUCUGCCGCCGUCGCCGUUGCCGCUGCUGCUGCUCAUCUGCAUUGCCAACAACAAAUGACUAGAAAAAGAAUUCAGUGAAAUGUUCUCAAAUUAACUUGGCAAUGAGACUCGAAUUGAUGUCGUUGGACUCAGCUCAAGCAACAGAAAUAAUUCUGCGCAUUUCUAUGCAAUUGUUAAUUGUGCGUUUUUAAGCUAGUGAAAAUCAUCGUAAACACACACAUACACCCACUCACAAAUACAUAUAUGGAUCUAGACUAAUGCAUUUUAAUGAAUACUUAUAAUUUAAUUGAUUGUUUAACUUAUGAUUAAAGUAUUAACGAAUGUAAUACAA